AUGCCUCCCAAGAAGCAGGUCGUGGAAGAGAAGAUUCUCCUGGGCAGGCCCGGUAACAACCUGAAGAGUGGAAUUGUUGGCCUUGCAAACGUCGGAAAGUCCACCCUCUUCCAGGCCAUUACCAAGUGCAACCUUGGAAACCCCGCCAACUUCCCCUACGCCACCAUCGAUCCUGAGGAGGCUCGCGUCAUCGUCCCUGACGACCGCUAUGACUGGCUUUGCGAAAAGUACAACCCCAAGUCUCGCGUUCCCGCCAACUUGACCGUCUACGAUAUCGCCGGUCUGACCCGCGGUGCCUCCACCGGUGCUGGUCUGGGUAACUCUUUCUUGUCCCACAUCCGCGCCGUCGACGCCAUCUUCCAGGUCGUCCGUUGCUUCGACGAUGCCGAGAUUAUCCACGUUGAGGGUGACGUCAACCCCACCCGUGACCUCGACAUCAUCAGCGAUGAGCUGCGUUUGAAGGAUAUCGAGUUCGCUGAGAAGGCUCUCGAGAACCAGAAGAAGAAGACCCGCUCUGGUGGCAAGGGCCUCGAGCACAAGAAGGCCAUGGAGGAGCAGGCUACCAUGGAGAAGAUUAUCGAGCACCUGAAGGCCGGUAAUGAGGUCCGCAAGGGCACCUGGGGCCCCAAGGAGGUCGAGGUCAUUAACCCUCUGUUCCUCCUUACUGCCAAGCCGGUCGUGUACCUGGUCAACCUGUCUGAGAAGGACUUCAUUCGCAAGAAGAACAAGCACCUUCCCAAGAUUGUUGAGUGGGUUAAGGAGCACGCCAACGGCGACCCCAUCAUCCCCAUCUCCGUCUCUUUCGAGGAGCGCUUGACCCGCUACGAGACCGAGGCUGAGUCCCUCGCGGAGCAGAAGGCUGUCGGUGCCGAGUCUUCUCUGCCCAAGAUCAUUCUGCAGAUGCGCAAGGCCCUGAACCUCGGCAGCUUCUUCACCACUGGUACCGAUGAGGUUCGCCAGUGGACCAUCCGUAACGGCACCAAGGCGCCGCAAGCCGCCGGUGUCAUCCACACGGAUUUCGAGAAGACGUUCAUCCAGGCCCUCGUCUACAACUUCAGCACCCUUAAGGAGCUCGGCAGUGAAGCCGAGGUCAAGGCUAAGGGCAAGGUUAUGACGAAGGGCAAGGACUACGUCGUGGAGGACGGCGAUAUUCUGCUUAUCAAGGCCGGUGCUGCCAAGGGUUAG